AUGGAAGAAGAAAAUAUUGAAUCAUAUUCUCUGAUUUGGUUUGAUUCUUCAUCAAACAAUAAUGAUUAUAAGAAAAAGUUCGAAGAAAAACUUCGUUCAUCAAUUAAUUUUAUUAAAAUAUUUAUUGAUGAAAAUGAAUUUUUAAAUUAUAUUGAAGCAAUAUCAAAUGAUGAAAAACUUGUUUUAAUAAUAAAUUCAAAAUCAGCUCAACAUAUUAUAUCUCGUAUGCAUCAAUUAGAACAAAUCUUAUCAAUUUAUGUAUUUUCUUUAAACAUACGAAAACAUCAAAUAUGGACUAAACUUUUUUAUAAAAUAAAAUGUGUUGUCAAUGAUUAUGAUGAACUCAUUUGUCAAAUAUUAUAUGAUCAAAAAGAAAGAUUUUUAAAUAAAAUUGAUGAAACUAUAUCAAUAACUAAAAUAAAUGAUUCAAAUAAAAAAGACGAAGAUUUAUUAUUUAAUUGUUUGAUUAACAUAAAAGUUAAUUUAAAUGAUAAAAAUGAAUUAAUUACUUUACUAGAAAAUAAUUAUAGAAAUAAUCCAACAGAAUUAUUGCUUAUUAAAGAAUUCCAUGAAGAAUAUUUAUCAUCGAAAUCUAUUUGGUGGUUAACAAGAUAUUGUUUUAUAUCAAAAAUCAUUAACAAAUUAAUUAUAAAUAAAUCUUUUAAAAUGUUAUUUUUAAUGAGAUUUUUUUUUCAAGAUAUUUAUAAAGAAAUUCAAUUAAAUAAAUCUAUUAAUAAAAAUUUUCGUCUCUAUAAAAGUCAAUUAAUAACAACAAAACAAUUGGAAUCAUUAAAAAGUUCAAUUGGAAACGAAAUUUUAAUAAAUAAUUUUUUAUUUACAUAUUUAAUACGAAAAACAUCAUUUUCUCAUUUGAAAAAGUUAAAUAUACCAGAAAAUUUUCAUGGAAUUUUAUUUGAAAUAGAUAUUGAUUCUAAUCUCAAUCAAGAUAAAUAUUAUUCUAAUAUAAAUUUAUUAAGUUAUUCAUCAAAUGAACAAAUUAUUCUUUUUAUGAUUGGAUCAAUAUUUAAAAUAGUUAAUAUUGAAUAUUAUGAUAAUAAUAUAUCCAUUAUUCAUAUGAUUUAUCAAAAUAAGAAUUCAAUAAAACGAAUUGAAAAUUUUGAUUUAAUCCAUUUUGGUUAUUUUUUAAUUGAUUCAAAUCAAUAUGAUCAAGCGUUCUUUUACUUUAAUUAUUUAAUUCAAAAUUUCAAUGAAAAUCUUUAUGAAUAUUAUAAUGCACUGGCGAAUAUUUCAUUAAAACAAAAUCAAUAUGAUUUAUCAUUAACAUUUUAUCAAAAAUUAAUCCAAUUAAACAAUUCUAAAGAGCUUUCAUCAAUUUAUAAUAAUAUUGCUUUUGUUUAUUUUAAAAAAAUUGAUUUUCAACAAUCAUUAAAAUAUUAUCAAAUGAAUUUAAAUAUUUUAAAAGAAAAUUUCAAUGAAAAUUAUCAAUUCAUUAUUGAAUCAUACAAUAAUAUUGCUUUGAUUUAUAAAUCCGAUCAUAAAUACGAAAAUGCUUUAGAAUAUUAUGAAAAUAUUUUAUUUAUCUAUGAUAAUUAUUGUUUACACAAAAAUUCUGAUAAAGCUAUUUCAUAUUAUAAUAUUGGAUUAAUUUAUUAUUAUUUAAAGAAAUUUUAUUUAUCUUUAGAAUAUUUUAAUAAAUCAUUAGAUAUUUAUAAAGAAAUUCUUCCUUUAAAACAUUAUCUCAUUUCAGUUAUUUAUGAAAAUAUUGCAAAUAUUUAUUAUGAUUUAAAUGAUGUAAAUCAAUCAUUUUUAUAUUAUCAAAAAGCAAAUGAAAUCUAUCAAAAUCUUUUCUCUUCAAAACAUCCAGAUGUUUUGCAAAUUAAAAUUAUUAUAAAUCGUAUCAAAACAAAACUUAACAUUUGA